UUCCCUUCAAUUCUUUUCGCAUUAAAACAAACCACUAAUAAUUAUGCUUAGUUGUAGGGGCUAUAUAUCAAUCUAUCAUUGAUUAAAUGCAAAUCGUUAUUUAUUUAGUUAGUUCGAAAUUAUUUCUUGAUUGUGACUUUGGGAGAGUACAUUUAUUUAUUUCAAACAUGUACUUCACUAAUUUUGAUAUCUGUAAUACUGAUGUUGUACGCAUGUCUAAUAUAAAAAUGUGACAAAUAUCGAUCUUCGGUCCAAUUUUUUUGCCUACAUAAAGUGCUCUCUGCAUUUCCAUAUUCCAUACAUAACUAAAAGCAUACACCUUUGUUGUUAUUAUUAAGAGUCAAUUGUUGUUAUUAUUAAGAGUCAAAACACACACACACACAAAAAAAAAAAGAACAAGAAAGUUAGAUCGAGUGAGAAUGGGAGACGAAUCCUCUUGCAAGAAACAUUUUGUACUAGUUCAUGGAGCAACACUAGGAGCAUGGUGUUGGUACAAGGUUAAGCCCCUACUCGAGGCCGCCGGUCAUCGCGUUACUCCGCUAGACAUGGCGGCCUCGGGGAUUAACCUUAAAAAGAUCCAUGAAAUCCAAGGUAUGCGCGAUUAUACCGAGCCAUUGAUAGCGUUUUUGACAUCUCUUCCUGAGAAUGAAAAGGUUGUUCUUGUUGGGCAUAGUCUUGGUGGGAUAAACUUGGCUUUGGCUAUGGAAAUGUUACCUCACAAGAUUGAAAUUGCUGUUUUUCUCGCGGCUUUUAUGCCUGACUAUGUCAACACUCCUUCUUUCAUCUUUGAUCAGUUUGUUGCACAAUUGCCUGAUGAAAAUUAUUGGUUGGACACGGAAUUCAAGAACACUGGUGAUCCAAAGGAGACCCUCACGACAAUGUCAUUUAGUCCACAAUUCAUCGCAAAGCUUUCUCAUCUGUCUUCAAUUGAGGACUACGAGCUUACUAUGAUGUUGAAAAGGACAUCGUCGCUGUUCCUUCAUGAUGCAUGGAAGCCGGAGGCGAAGCUUUCAAAGGAAAGAUAUGGAUCAGUAAGGACUGCUUAUGUAAUAUGCAACGAAGACAAAGGAAUAUUAGCACCUUUUCAAAGGUGGAUGAUUGAGAAUCAUGGGGUGAAAGAGGUGAAGGAGCUUAAAGGAUCGGAUCAUAUGCCAAUGUUCUGCAUGCCAAAACAGCUCUGUGACUGUCUUCAGGAGAUAGCCCUGAAAUAAUGCUCCCAAAUGAUUUCCAAGACUCAUACUUUUCAUUUGUUCAUUUGCUUUGUAAAAUAAGCUACCAUCGACAUUUGGUAUGAAUUCAUGUUGAAUGUUAAUCUAUUAUCAUAAACUAUUAUUUCUUUA